GUCACGUAGGUGCAGUUGUAGUGUGCUGCCCAUUGCAGGUAAGUCUUUUAAAUUAAACGCUGAAGAAAUGCAAGCAUCCCAGGGUAUUAGUGACUGAUUGUGACCCUAAGUGUAGUAAAAACACAUUAGUGGUGCUUUCAUGGCGUUGUUGGCAGCAGAAAAAAUCAUAAAGAGCAUAAUUUAUCGAGGCUGCUCCAAUCGGCUCGUACAAACAUAUUUAAGCUUAAACUGUAUGGACUGUGCAUGAAGGAGAUUUUGUUUUACUGCCACUCUGUUCUUUUAAUAGUCUCCCAUAGAAUUUACUCGGGUCAUCCCAUUUCGAUGUAUCUUAAAGUGCAGUGAGUAGGUUUUAGCACUUUUUAAUCUUACAAACCCAACAAAUGUAAUUGGCUCAUUUCGCGAUAUUGUGUGGUGUUUUGAACAGUGCGGUCAGUAUAAAUAGUGGAAUGGGGUCUAGGGACCACGGACUGUGGACUGAGUAUAAAACACGGGCUAGGUAUAAAAUGCCGACUACGGACUAGUUUGGUAAAAACUGUGCUGAUUGGUUCCGGGUUAUGUAAAAUAAGACCAAAAGAUCGCUAAAUAGCAUAACAUGUGAGUUUAAAUUAUAACUACAGUUGACUCCUGAUAAUUGAGUUAGUUGAUCAGUCAAUUCCAGCUGCGCCCAGUGCCCAAGUAUGAAGUCUUAUUUAGAAUCAUAGCACUAUUACAAAGGAAGUCGUUAAUUGAAACAAAAAAUCACACAUAAAAAUGUUUGAAACGGCCCUAUUUGACUGUGUGAUCAAUGAAAAAUGUUGCAGCAUUGACAGAGGACAGGCCAUUUGACCUCUUUUUUUCGGCCCCACCCCCAGGAAUUUGCCAUCCAAGGCAAAAAAAAAAAUGCUAAUGCCUGAGGGUCAGGCUGGGAGAAGAGGGGGGGUGUUUUGUAGGGGAAGGGGCUAGGCGCAGCUGGAAUUGACUGAUGCAUAACUCUAACCUUCGCUAUUAAAACUCGAACCAAAAUUGAUUUCCCCUGGAUUUCCGUCAUAUAUUUAACAAUUAUUCCCUGAGCCCGAAUGGGCUCUGAGUCAAUAGCCCAUGAGGCUGAAGGGCGAAUGGGCUAUUGACUCAGAGGCCAUGAGGGAGAGAGGAAUGAUUGUUUUAGUAAAAUCCAACUAGUUGGUCAAAAAUAUUGAGACAAAACAACUUCAGCUAGUUAAAGCUAGACUUUAAUCUUUUUUUUUUGCUGCCAAAAAGCCUGCGCUUUUCGCUACUGGUGGGCUAUAACAUAUGUUGUAGGCAUAAAGUUUACUAUUGGAGGCUGAUGUUGUUUGUCACAAAAAUUGAUCUAAUGUGAAACAGCUUUACUUCUCAAAACAGUAAAAUGCAUGCUCUAUUUAGGCAAUGUUUUGUAAUGUUACGUUCUGAUUUAUAAUCUAGAAGUUCAUUUGACAUUUCUACAAUUAAAUGUGAUUAAAAUGUUCACUAUGCAGUAAAAACAGUUUUUUUCCUUAUACUCCCGGCUAUUUUUUUCAAGCUCCCGAUAACUUGAACCUUUUCCGAUUUCCCUUGAAGGUUCGAGUUAUCGGGAGUUGACUGUACUCCUAGAAAUAUUUGGUGGAGUUGUGCUGCCCAGUUCUCCAAAUCCUGAGCCUAACCAAAAUGCUUUUUUCUACACCCAUUUUUAGUACUGCUCUCGGACUCUAACAUCCAUGACAGGGGUCACAAACCUGAUCUACUUGUUUACAUUGGUGUAAAUCAUGUCAUCAUCUCUUAGAAUAUGACUUGGAUGAGAUAUUUUGGUUAUUAUUCAUGUACAGGUGAGUAAUCCCUCCCCCAUAAAUACAGCUUUCUUGUAUCACAGAAUGCACCCCUUUAUUGACCCUUUUUUGUCUCAGUUCUUUAUUUCCUUAAAUCCCUAAGGCUUUAAAAUAGAAUGGUGGCAUCUGCAUGUAUAAAAAUUUUACUCUCACUAACACCAAUUUAUUUGGUUCCUCUCAAUUUCAUAUCCUCUAUAAAUUGAAUUCUCUUCUUACUCUUCCUUUUUAUAAAAUUUAUAGUUUCAUUUUCAGUUGCCUUGAUUAGAAGCAUAACCUUCCUUGCCCUUACAUGUAUGUAAAGAGGAUUAAGAAUGGCUAGAAUUAAUAAAGGAAGUAGAUGUAAUUUUAAACUUUGAACGUAGGGCUGUGGUUUAAGAAAUCAUUGGACCUCCAAUGAUUUCAAGUGGGUUAUUUUAAGAAAGUAAGUGCUUUUCCAGUCUAUGCUACUAUAUACGCUUUUAAUAUUGAAACUAAUCACAACAACUUUUAUGCAGUAAAAACAGUUUUUUUCCUCACUCCUGGCUAUUUUUUUCGAGCUCCCGAUAACUUGAACCUUUUUUGUUGGCGUUGGGCAAACUGAAAAUUGUUUUGAAUGCAGUUUUGUGAAACAUGGGCAAACUCUGUUUAUAUAACUGACCCAAAAAGUUUAGGAGAAGUUCUGAAUGCUGUGACAUAGUGCAUUGUAUAUUUUUAUUUCUAUUUUCUCUGAAGGUGACUUGUAGCUACAAACUGUAUCAAAGAAAGGAAGGAAAAGAAUGUCAGCCGCAGGCCCUUUUCCUAGAAAGAAAAAGGCAGUGAAGCACAGACUUAAAUCUAGUAAACCUGAAUUUGAGCAUGAGGAAUAUGAAGCUGCUUCCAAGGCCAAUCCAGAGCAGGUAUUACUUAUUUAUAGCAACUUUACUUCAUUGAUUAUUAAAUGAGUGAAUCCACUAGUAGGAAAGUUAAAGUGAUUCAUGUGUUCUGAUUGGCUACUCAGGAGGAGGCAUCGUGGCCUGUCUUUUCCUGUGUUGGUUUCACGUGGAAAAGUUCUCUUCAUGGUCAUAUAAUAAUAAAGUGUUAUUUACCAAGCUUGUUCAGUCAAGAUUUUAGGAUAUUGGUUUUGUUUCGUUUUGUUCGUUUGUUUGUUAUUUUUUGCAUUUUUACUGUCUUAGACUUCGCCGGUUAUUAAAAUAAUAUAAAUAACUUUCAAUGAAUGAAAACCUUUAGUAUGAAUUUGGCUUAACAGUAAGACAAAAUCUUGUUUUUGUUCUCUCUAAGGUCCUUUAGAACCAAACAAUGCCUGUUGUGAAAAUGCUUGCUGAUUGAAGAGAAGGGGUUUUUAAUAUACCAUAAAAUUCCAAAAAUAAGCCCUUCCAUGUACAAGCCCUUCGAAAUAUAAGCCCCCCAAACCAGUAACGCAAAAAAACCUUGCGUUAAAUCGCCCCUUCAAAUAUAAGCCCCCGGGGGGCUUAUACUUGGAAAGAUGCCCUCAAAUACAAAGUAAAACAAAGCCAAAAUAGUAAAUUUACUUCCAAAUAUAAGGCUAGCCCAAUCGAUUUUGAAACCUAAAUUUCCCUCUGUAGAUAAUCCCCUCUGAAUAUAAGCCCCCCCCCCAAAAUAAGCCCCUCAAAAAGGGCCUUUGAAAAAUAUAAGCCCCAGCGCUCAUUAUCGGAAUUUUACGGCAUGUUCACUUAGUGUUGAUGUGCAGUGAUGCCAGGAUAGCAUGCACCACACAUUCAGUUUUUAUAAACAUUGUUGAUUCACAAUCAGUGUCUUUUUCAGACUAAACAAGCUGAAGCAUUAGCAGAACAGAGUCCAGCAGAGGUCUGGAGCCAAUCACUUGAAAAUUCUCAGGGGCGACCCGUUGAGGUAUUUAAAGUAGAUUAGAAAACAAUACUGCAAGUACACCAGCCUCAUCAACCAAUUAACAACCAAACAGCCAAAAAUUAGCUGAUGGGAUAUGAAGAGAAACUGCUGGCUAAAGAGCCAAAUUACCAGAGUGGUAAAGUUCUAAACAAAGUGGAUGAGGAAAAUGAAAAUGGAACCAAACAACCAUCAGAUUAUGUUCUUUGGAAAUGGGCCAUUUUAAAGUUAUAGAUGGAAGUGAGGCUGGAGGUGACCUUGUAGCCUGUGUGGCAAGCGUUUGAAAAGGAAGGGAAAGGGGGUUGGGGGUGCAAGAGAAUAGGGGUGCACCCCUCGCAUUUCUCUUGAGCCUAAAACUUCCUUUCCCAGCUUCUAUUUCAAAUGCAAGCCACCAGCCACCAGGCUAGUGACCUUGUUUUGAUACACACUUUCCUGCUUUAUUUAUGUAAAUCAAGUUUUUCUAAUGCUAACUAGUAUUUUCAAGGACAGUUUCCAUAAUAAAGCAAAGGAUCAAAACAAUUAAGGUUAACCUCAGCCUCACAUUCACUCGAAGGCUAGGGCACUAAGUCCACAACUGUAAAAUGGUCUUUUCUUAAAAAAGCAUUUUAAAAAUACCACAAUCAAACUUGUUAAAUUACACUUUUACACGUUUUUUGCAUAUGUUGUAGUUAAUUUUUAUCUCAGGUAAUUUUUAUUUUUCCUUUGUUUCAACUUCAUUAGCAUUCAUUACCAUACCCAAAAACAGAAGAAAAAUAAAAUUUACCUGAGAUAAAAAAAUUAACUGUAACAUAUACACUGUAAGAUCAUCUGGAACCAAAUCAUUAGUUGUUGGAAACAUGCUUGCCAGGUGGAGAGGAGGAAAAUCAAUGUUUUGCUACUUGAUACAAUUGCCACCAUUCACAUGUAAUCCAACAUACCUUUAUUUAACAGGCCAAAUAUUAUUAUUGUUAACAAGACGUACAAUGUGGACAGGACAUUUUGACAAAUCACUCAAUGGACUUUGAUAGAAUCAGUAACAAAAUAAUAAAUGUAAGAAUAAUAAGAAUAAGAAUGAGAAUAAUGUUAACAGGGACAGUCACUUAAAGAUCCCAUCUGUAUCUAAAGAAAGCAGGGCUAAACAGAAGUGUUCUGCCAUUACGAAAAGCUUGUUUACUGGGAACAGCAAGAAUCGGUGAUGGACACCUAAAGGUGAUGGAUACAUGUUACUAAGGUGACAGGAGGUCACCUAGUACCAGGGAAUGAUCCUGUUGGACGACCAAGAAAAUAGUACGAACUUCAACUGACAAUAAUAAUAAUAACAAUCAUCAUCAUCAUCAUCAUCAUCAUCAUUAUAAUAUUACAGCCAAAGCAGGUCAAGCGAUCCCGUCGCUAACGAACUAAUGGAUUCAUUAAUGGCAAGAUGAUUUCGUUUGUUGAUUCAAUAAUCCAUUCAUAAAACGAACAAUUCAAUAUUCAUAUUCAGCCUCGAUUCAAUGAUCGAAUUUUGAUUUGAUUGUUGUUUUUUCAAAAACUACACUUUCCACAAGUCGUCCUCAGAAUUUUGUUUUUCCUUCUUUUUUUCUAAGAGUCGAGUGCGGGUGUGUUCUGAAGUUCAAACCCAAACAAACUGUUACAUGUACGCCAUUUUGCUGCCAAUAAUAGUGGAACAGACCUGACCUCUUAGAAAACACGAUGGUCAAACUGAGGUCAGUUUAUGUGCGGUGAUUGGUGGAUUUCGAUCCUUGGCCUUUGUAAGUUUCUUUGCGUUUGCGGUCUGUCUAUUCUUGCUCUUAUUUUAAUUAAACGUCAUGAAAAACGCAAUCGUAAAUGGUAGAAAAAAGGACUGGUGAAUACGAUUGAACACAACAGACAAGAAUAAAGAACAAUAUAGACUUUGUUCAUAAACCAAAUCAGCAUUUAAUUAUUGAAUCGAGGUCCAAUUUGACUAUUGGAUUAUUCAGUCAUUAUAGCGGAGCUCCAUUUCUAAGUAAAUCUACCCAUCCCAGAAAAUUUGGUAAUCACGUGACCGUACACCGACCGACCGCCCGCCGUCCGUCCGCACCACAGGAAAACCAAUGUUUACUCUCACACUUUUAGCUACUUUGGGAGCCCAAGAGAAAACUAAUUGCACAGGCUGCACAUCAAUGUUGUGAUCAAUUGACAGCUAUCAAAACAGAGCAUCCGCUGACAAGUAUCACCUGACCGUACCACGGGCUCAAGUGUCGACCCAUCGAGGUCGAGUAUUUUUUUUAAUUUAUCCGCUGACAAAUUACCAGUUUCAAAUGAUGGCAGGCUCAAGUUUAUUUUUUCCAAGGAUUCAUAUCAAAUAUGUUGUGUUUAUGUCACUAUGGCCCCGCACUAUUAGGAUUUUGAUUUCAAACUGACCUCGGAAGCGAAAAUUCAUCCAGUUUUUUUAAAAGUACAGGCGGGGAAGACCAUAUCUUACCAUGGUCACGCGUUGGUCACGCUCUACGUCCAAUUUUUAUACUCUGAUUGGUCAAAAUUUGAGAGGUGAGUUUAUGCGGAAAAAUUAUGCAGCAUCUUGAAAGUAGUUUACUUUGACAGCUGAAGCUGACAGAGUUUUGUGUCAACUUGUGAUGUUUUUAACUGUCUUUUUCCUCUGGAGGUACAAAAUGAAAUACAGCUGCUAUCAAGAGUCUUCUGUUAUUCAUGGCUGGUCUGUUUACUGGGUUUUGGUUGAGAAAUGCGUCGCUUGUCAAAAUUCGGUAAUUCGAUUUCGGAUGGCAUCGUUUUCGUUUUUCACCUUGCUUAAUGCGUAAGAGGGUUUAAAAGUCUUAAGCAACUGUGGCCUCCCUUGAUAGCUUUCAGGAACUGAAUCUCGAAUGGUAAGCCUAAGUAAUUAUUGUAUUUGAUGUUUGUGUUUCAUGAAGUCUUGCACAGUUCACGCUGACAGUUUAUGCGGCAAGUUUAUGCACGUUUGCAGGAUUUGAGUCAAUGGUCUGACCUACUAUCAGGUUUGAUAUAAGCUUACAGAAAAAGCCUUCAGAUAUAUUUGCUCACCACAAAUAGAAAGAAAACGUUCCGAAGGAUAUUUAGUUAUAAUUUUGGCUGUAGAAAGAAAACUUUGAGCGAUUUUCUUGCUUCGAAGAGUUCACCUUCGAAAACAGUAAACACCGCGCUGGGAAGCCGGCUAAAACAUAAACUUAAGCUUUAUGCUUAAAGACUCAGGAUUUUUAGAGACACUGUAAUACUUGUCUUCAUGAAUGAAAAUUGUUGUCUCUGUAAAUGUUUCACGGAAUUAUAUCUCUUUUUUUGAUUGUUAGUAGUCUCUCUUGCAAUUUUAAUCGCUUGUCCGUGCCAUUUGUUUUCAUCGUUCAUGACCAUCACUUGUAGGAGUACUCAAAAAUGUCGCGCGUAUCAAACGCUUUAUAAGAUUACACAUCGUUAUAACUGAAACCAUUAAAUAACAAAACAAAUAAUAAUAAAUUCGCUAUUAUGUUGAAGCGUAACUCUGUUAAUGUUCAUUCAAACACUCGACCACACUGACAGCUCGCACUAUAGAAACGAGAACCAGCUGGCCGUAUGGGUGAUUUUGGAAAUUUUCUGAAAUUUUUGAACGGUUUGGCUCGUCCUGAAUAUUGACUGAGUGCAAUUUGUCUAGAAAAAUUGUGAAAUACCGCAUUCUGUCCGAGCUCUGUAUGAUAAAUAGUACUGUUUCACCUCAAAUGUGGUGUAUAAAAAUUAUAAAAGGUUGGUUUAAACGCCCCCAGAUUUGUUGGCAAGAAUUUGUAAAGUAAACCUGUCGAACGCAAAAAAAAUUGCCGUGAUUUGUUUUCCAAGAAUUUGUUUUCGAGGCCUAAUCUACUUUGAUCUUGAAUGUGAUCGAAGAUGUUUGCUAUUGUUUGGGUGUACAUAUAAGGCUAUCAAUUCGAUGUAAGAUGUUUCACUCUAAAAUAACUUAGCCUUUCCCUCAAAAGUCUCAUGAAUGUGCCCUUAAGUUAAAUGAUUUGUGGAUUAAAUAUUUACUGUUUGAUUUAAAUUAUAAAUUUAUUAAAAUUGGAGCUUCGCUUUUAGCCCUGGCUAAAUCUAUACAUUAUGAAUGGAUUAUUGAAUCGACAAACUGAAUCAUGUUUUCAUUCAUGAAUUUAUUAGUGCACUAGCGACUGGAACGUUUGACACGCUUUGACUGUGAAAAAGAGUGUUGGUUCAAUUUUGUUUGUGUUUGUUUCUUGUAUAUUUUUUUUGUUUUUCAGAACGUUGGUACAUUGACGGAUCUGGACAAAUUGUACAUGGCUUUGGCUGAAGUUAAAAAAGAGCACCUUUUCAAUACCCUUUACUUUGGUCUAGGAAUCAACAGUUUAAACGCCUUAGAGAAUUACAGUAUUGGAUCAGACAAAGCCCAAAGUCGUCUUAUAUCAUCUACUGAUCUAGCUGACUUAAAAGAGGAACUGAAAAACCGGCUAUUCUCCUUUCAUCAACUUGCUGAGGUACCUGUUCAUAUACAUGUAUACACCGCACACCAUCUAGCUUUUCCUACAUAAACUAUAAUAGACCCAUUCACCUUUUAAUAAAGGGCAAAAACCGAAUAUCCACAUCCAGCAUAAAGGCGAUACCCAAAGUCGCGAAAUUUGGCAGAGCCACAGUUAUAUCCUCGUUUGUUUUCAACAAUGACUUUCAAAUUUGGCAACUUUACUGAUUUUACGGCGUUCCCUCCAGCCAUGUUAACCCUUUAAGCCCCAAGAUCCACAUACAAAUUUAUUCUCAAGACUGAUGCCCAUACAUUUCGUUUAAGAAAAGUUGAGAGAAUUUGGUUUAAGAUCAAAGCGUUUUCUCUUUGGUAAUCAAUUUAGUCAUUCUCAUAACCUUUACUCUUGAUAAUCUGCACAUAAUUAUUGUUAGGAGAAUAUUGAUUCUGGUCACAUUCGAGACCUAAAGGGAUAACGGUUUUUGGCUAACUGAUCCCAGUCAAAAGUUGAAAAAUCGUGAAAGGGUCCAUUAGGCGAAGACGUUAUUGGAGUUUAGUGUCAAUUGGCAAGAAGUUGUUUCGCCCGAACGUAAGUCCAUUCGCCCGAUGUUUGUUUGUCGUUCUUUAAUUACUAAAAUGGUUGAAAUCACCGGUCUUAUUGUUUUAACGUUAUUGUGGUUACUGUUGCUUUUUAGAAAUACAAACCUAGCAGCCUUCAUGAGACGUGUAGAGUAAAGGGAAUUUCAGUGAUCCAAAAACAAGACGUUUCUGUGACAAAAGCUAUAGGUGUGGGCCCUUUUGUUGGAUAUGUAUGCGAAGCUCAAUGGACAAGGCCUGAUGGAGUUCAGGUUUGUGCCAUUUUGGAAUGAAUUGACAUAAUGAAGGAUAACGCGUUUCUGGGUCUCGUUAAUCAUAAUACAUGUUAGCGUACCUUCUUUAUCAGCUACAAAGGGUCCAAAAUACCUUAGCUAGGUUUAUUUCCAGGAAGUUUAAAACUGUUAUGUUAAGGUGGCUCGGUUGGAUUUUUUAGGGCCAUUCCUUUCAACGUAAGAGUAGUAAACUUCUUCGCCAUUGUCAAAGAUACAGGAAAAGGAUUUAUUUUAAAAACAAGGUGAAAAUUUGCUAUGAAGAGUAUUUUUUGUUGACAUCAGAUCUCAGCACUGGGAGGUUUCAAAAAUUCCCCAAAAUCGUUAAGGGAGUUUGUUCCUCCAAAAGUCACUUCAAUGUUCUUGAUGUUUGGGCAUGAAGGUUUAAUGAUUACAAACACAGUAAAAGCCAGUGGAGAAUCUUGAAACUCGGCCAUUAUCUAUAGAAAACGAAGCGCGUUUUUGAAACGCAAUUUCACCGCAUCCAUAGUAGUUUUGCCGUUUUUUCCUAAAUGAUAUUCUAAAUAUUUCCGUCAAUCUUUUGAUUAAAUAAAAGGUGCGAGAAAUAGUGAAAGCAGGACAGGAGAAGAAGAAACCUGCACAACUCCGCCAAGGAAAACAACAAUGCCACACACGUAUGACGGAAUGACCAUCAACAAAGUUUGUUCGCGAAAACCGCUUGAACCCACCGUUUCAAAAAGAAACACUCCUUGCACGAUUUAACACAAAAAGUAACAUCUUUUAAAAAAGAAAGAGGAAACAAAGAGGAACGCGAGCUUUCAACUUUUGCUAUAUCCGUCGUAAGGUAUUUAACUGCCUGUCUAUUUGUUUUUUGUUUUUUGUUUUUUUUUUCAGCAAAAGGUGUGUCUUCGGUACGAUGAAAAAGUUGACACACCGUCACUGUUUCUGCAUGAAGCAGAAAUGGCAAAUGUACUUCGUCAUAAGAACAUGCUUUCUAUUUAUGGUGUGGUAACUGGAAGUUCCUAUUCACCCACUUUUGCUUUGGUAAGUUUAACUACAAAAUCAUUUUAUUUUUGGUCAUUAAAGUGUAGAAAUUUGGCCGAACAACGCCGUUUGAAGCUAGUUAAGUCCUUUUGGCCUGGUUUCGAACGAAAAAGGAACGCAAAACGCCUCAAAAAGUUGUUUACAAGUUAAACUAGAGCUAUGCUGCUCCUUUUGCGGGAAAACUCCCAUUCCAUCGUGGAAUAUGGAAAGGGAAUAUACCAGUUUGAUAAUGCGAAAAUCUUGCAUUUAGUACAUUGCGCUAGCCGUCAAUAAUCCCUCCCCCUCCCUCCUCCCGUGGUUUUAUUUUUAUACGCGCGCUCAACAAUCUCUAAAGAGAAGAAAAGGAGUCUGAACAGGGUAGUACGUAUGCGUGUCACAGAGCAUUGUAAAUUCGGUCCUUUCACGGUAGGUAGUGGAAUUCGCAGAAUAUGGGAACCUCUAUGAAUUCAGGGACUUCCGAACUAUAGAAGAACUAUGCAGGUUUACAAUACAGGCUGCUACUGCUCUGGAAUACGUUGAGUCAAAGGGUGUCAUUCACCAAGCGGUCAACUCAAAUACCUGCCUGGUUGUGUCAAAAACUGAGGUGAGCUUAUAUUAUGAAGUUUUUGUUGUGGUUGUGGUGAACACCUGUGAACUGCUCUCAAUAAAGUCACGAUGCCUUGUGUUUCCUCCCUUUUAGCCUGUAAUCUUCACAGGGUCCAGAGGAGAUGUGUUUGUCGUUAGAACAUCAAAACCCGUCGAAAACCUCCGAAAAAAUGGGUUAUUUUGAUCUCGUUACAGUUUUGUCACACGUUCUAUAUACCGCAAACCAAGCCGAGACUGAGGGCUCGCAGAAUCGGCUUACAGUAUGGAUUGUCCUCUUUAUAACUCGGCACUUCGGGCGACGUGCCGUGAGCCAGCGAGGAUAUGGCUUGCGGUUAUUGAUUUUCAAAAUGGCGAACAACAAAGAUCUGGGUCAGACAGGAAGCGAACAAAUCGUUUACAAUAGAUUCAUAAAGAUCCCACUAGGCUAAUUAAUCGUGCUAAGCGACAGGUAUAGACAUUUCUCAAGGUGAGAAUUUAAAUAAGUAAUUCAUUUAUUCACACGAAACUCCUCUGGACCCUGUGUAAUCUUGUUUUGUACUGUUGCUAAUAUAAUUUCUCACUCGCUAAAAAAAAGGGAUCAAUUUAGAUUUCUGGGAAACUGCCCACCUACCCCUCCCCUAAGUCAACAUUAACACUAACUUCUCACUUAGGGCAAAAUGUUGGGUUAGGGAAGGGGUAGGUGGGCAGUUUCCCAGAAACCCAAGUUGAUUAAAAAAAGUCUCUCCCUCUCAAUCACCAUCUCCCCACCUGGUGAAGUCCAUAUCGGGUUUGUGCUUACGCAAGGCCCUCCCCACAUGAGAGGGGUAAGGCUAACACUAACGCACAGUUGUAAGCUUUUCCUUAUCCAAAUAAACAAACAAACAAAGGCAACGUUGUACAACUGUAUCUUUAUCUAACCAUUAAAAAACGUCGUCAGUCAACUUCCUUUAGUGCCUUUACAGCGGCAGGACAAGCGCAGUCGGUAGAGUGUUUGACGCCAGGGUGCGGCUUCGCGGGUUGGACUCCCGGGAUCGGGUCUUAAAGGUGCUAUGUCACGCUAUUUGCCAUUUUUAAUUUCAAAAAGCUAAAACUUUUCUUCACAUCAAUCUAAUGGUCCAUGCUGGACAUGCAUGGAUUGAAACUUGAAAAAGUUGGGCCAAAAUUUUCAAGUUUAAAUGCUAUACAUGCAAAAUUCUCCAAAAAAAAUCAUGUUUGGUGCUUCCUCUAUGAUUUUUUUUAAAAUCUUCUUCAUAUCAUGAAGCCAUAGCAACGUUGAUCUUUUCACAUGGAUAUAACAUGUAAUUUUCACGUGUGAAGAUGUCAUGUUUUCGCUCGAAAUUUCAUUGUUGUUUAUACAAUAAUUUUUUUUCAAAGGUUUUGAGUACUUUGUUAGCUAGGAAUUGCGCUUUUGACUUCGGAGUUUAAGACCUCCCUGGAGAAAUGCCCCCUCUAUCAACGCACAUUAUGCGUCACUCCGAAUUUCUGUUUAACUCUGACUUACGUCUACGUUCCUUUAGAUGAAGCUUGGUGGUCUUGGAUCUUGCCAGUAUGACACGGAAAUGAAAAAGUGAGUAUGUGUUUGUAUUCUGGUCCCGGACGAGAUUUCUUUGGCGGUUAAGGUAGACGUACAAGGCAAGUCUUUCGUCUCCGCCCUUCUCUCAUGGAAUAGCGAUAUAACGACUUGUGUGCAUUUGCAACUGAUUUCACUUAAAGGUAUAUUUUCAGUUGCUUUUCGAGUGUAGCGCCAUGGAGCUUUUAAGUCGUGCGUUUUAUGCUACUUUGUCAGACGUAUUUAAAAAAAAGCAAAAACGUUGAUAAUGAAACGUGCUCUCCCUCCCCCCUGCCCAUUUCUUGUGAUGCUUGUGGAAAUUUUCAAGUUGUUGGCUAAAUGCGUUUAUGUAUAUAUUUUUUUCCAGAAACAAGCCUGCAUAUACACAGAAAGACGUGGUGUACCAGUUUGCCAAGCUCUUCUCUGUUCAGUUCACUGGUUUUAACUACAAGGUUAGGGUGACAGAUGAGAAUGUGGCCAGCAGCUUCAAGGUAGUCUUCUUGAUACCCGAUUGGAUUCGCACCUUUGAUCAUAUAUAGUUUUGUGAAGUAUUUUCAAGGUUAUAAGUCUGCCAAAAUAGGUUCUUGUAUUUGGGGUACUUUUUGUCAAAUUAGGCGUAGUAGGUUCUUAAUUUUUAUGAAAAAGAUAAUAUAUUGUUGAUUACAAGGAUAUUAAUUUUAAUAAACUUGAGUUUAGUGCAGUUUUAGUUCACAAUUUUAUUAUUUUAACCAUAACAAAACUGAUUACCGAAAUAAGGUACAAGUUGGCACAGUAUGUUCUUAUUAUACGUAAAUUUACAAGUUGAAAGUUACUCUCCUUGGUUAAACUGUUUAUCAUAAUUUAACUGAAACCGAGCCCGGGCCACGUGUAAGAACCUGCCUGAUAUUGCUUGGCUAAGCAGGUUCUUGUAUUUUUGGGGUAUUAAAGUGGCAAAUUUCUGCCAAAAGGUUCUUAAUCCACAGGUUCUUAUUAGCGGGUGUUUACUGUAUCAGAGUUGUCCUUGAUCCAUUAGUCUCGUUCAAUUUGCUGUUUGUUUUUUCAACCAUCAUUUUAGUUUUUCAUUGGUUUGUGUCUUAUUGCCGAUAGCAGUCGUGUUGGCUCACUUAUACGAAAACAGUACAAACACCGAGUUUGCUUUAUUUUUAUCCCCACGGUCAGCUAACCCAUACAUGUCCAGCUCUAACUAUUAAAACCGCUACUAUUGGCUUGUUGGUUUUAAAGAGUUGGAGUCGAGUAGGAGUAGUAGGAGUUGGGUUGGGGGUAGGUGAUAGCUGUAAGCAGUAGUUGUUAAAGAAUAAUAAAGACCAAGAUGUAAGAAGCACACUCUCGGUACCUUCUCUUGUAGCAUGCGAGUUGCUCGCAUGCUACAAGAGUUGCUCCCCUAACAUAACUAUUUUGGUGGAGAACCCGGGCAACUAACCUUGAAAAUACUUCACAACAGUAGUAUGCGGAUGAUUAAGCGUUAAAUUUUUAAAAUUAAUUACGCUAGGAAUCUCGCAGGGUUUUUUUUGCAGAUACUCCUAAAAAAGUAGAUAACAUCCAUCGAGCAAUAUGUUUUGCGUAUUCUUGCUUUCCUUUCGUUCAGUUUUAGUCAGAAAUUCAGCUAUUUUGACUUCAGAUAGCCGCCAUUCUUUUAGUUCACUCAUGAAUAAACAGCUGGGCCGCCGCGCCUGGAAACGAGGGUGAUCGAUGGUCUAUUGCUUGUGCUACCUUUUUUCUAAAUCAGCCUUGUUUCCAAGCCCCUCGCAUCUUCCAAAUUUGGUCAACGCCAGUUGGUUCUCAAGAAUUAGCCGCGGGCUUGGAACCAAUCACAAUCAAAAACGGUGAAAUACUUUAAAUUAAGUAAUUCUUAUCAUUAUCAUUAUCGUUAUCGUUAUCGUUAUCGUUGUCGUUAUCGUUGUCAUUGUCAUUGUCAUUGUCAUUAUCAUUAUCAUUAUCAUUAUCAUUAUCAUUAUCAUUAUCAGUAUCAUUAUUAUUAUAUUUUUAACUGAAUUUUUUAACCCCUUCCACUUUUUCCCUUCAAUGUUUUAGGCCUCUGCUGGAAGACAUGGCUACGCUUGCCCUUCUCAUUUUUGCGACGUUUUUAAUAGUUGUAUGCAAGAAAACCCAGAAGCAAGACCUUCGUUUAAGGAAAUCAGAGAAUCACUUCUUGCACAAGUAGGUUUUCACACACUUCUUUUCGUGUACCUUCCGCUAGUAAUUCCACCACAUCAUCAUAGAUGAACAAAUGUAAAUCCUCCCUCUUUUUAGCCUCAAUUAACAUUAUAGAGCUUUAGAUUUGAGGACGAUUACUACGAUGACUACGAGAAAGAGAUUUUCUCAUUACUAAGUAGUGCACUUAAGCGCGUAAGCCAGCGUCAUUUUGGCGGGAAAACGUGAUAGCGGUAGUCAUUUUACAACGGUUUUCAUCGUGAAUGUCGUUGUGGCGGGAGCAAAUUAUCAAAUGUAAGAAUUUUUAUCAUUUUGGUAUCGGGAGAGGACUUUAAAAUCUCCUUCAGUAUAAAUAAGCGUACUAUUUUUUUUGGCGAAAAAAAAAAAGUAAAAUGAAACUUUUCGGGAUGUCCUUUUUUUUUAGAACACGCGAGUUAAAUCUCGUGUUCGUUCUCAUCCUCAAGUCUGAAGCUCUCUAUUAUUUGACCGAAACCGGUAAUUUGUAAUGGUAACAGGACUGAGUGGAGUCCAAUUCGGUCUGUAAUCAUACGAGUGAUUAACAAAAUCGGACGACCGCGUAGCGGGAGUCCGAUUUGUUUAAUCACGAGUAUGAUUACAGACCGAAUUGGACGAUACGAAGUUCUGUUACCAAUUAAUUACAACUUUAACAAAAUUUGUGAUAUAAUAGGCUAUUUUUUAAAUCAAAACACAAGAAAUUCGAAAUUUUGUUUUGCUAGGAGUGGAAAAAAAAAAGCCAUUUAAGCGCGCGCGUGAUGGCGCGUACUGUCCAAUUACUUAGGCAUGACGCGUACUGUCCUAUUAAACUGUCUAAUUAAGGCUGAAAGCAGGGCAGUUGAUAGCCAAUCAGAUUUGACAAUUUUGUUAUGGGUAUGAUUAUUAACUGAAGCGGUAUUUCAUAAACGCUACUGAAAUUAAGAUGUUCUGUGUGUUGGAGUAUGUAUAGUUAUUGAACAUAUUCGCUUAAGAAGCUGAUUAGCCUACAACUGCCUGUAUCAAGGGAAUACUCAUAACACCCUCGCUUGUGUCCGCCCAAUAGAGGCAAGAACGAUCAACAACUUAUCGAUAAGUAGCGAAAAGAACAAUAAGAAUUAGUAAAAUGAUCACCUAAAGGAAAACGUUUUGGUCAUUAAACAAAUUAUUUCAACUAAUUUUGUAAGAAAAUGUCUGAAGAUCAGUCCAGAAAAUUGGUAUGUAGAUAUUAGCACUUCAGGUGUAUGGUUCUGCUCAUUAUAGGUUUCACAACAUUUUAUUUACGUAGAAGUUUCCAUCGAAAGUGAGAGUAACUACUACGUUUAUUGCCGUGUCACCGGAUUUUAUCGGCUUUAAAACUGGAGAGUUGAUUACAUUGAUCGCUAAGGACAGGCACAAGUAAGCAAUGACCAUUUUUUAUGUAUAGUCGAUUCCUCUAGUAGAAACCUUUUUGAAACCUUUUGUCAGCUGAAUAGAGAUGGUACCUUAGGGAGGUUAAAAAGCAACGCUUGUAUGCAGGUGUCUUCUAGUCAACACAGAUGUCCAUCACAUAAGGGAGAUCAAGAGUGCAUUGUUUGUACUUCUUUAUUUGGCUGGGAACGUGCCUAAGUGCCCCUAGUCAAAAAAGGUUUUUCCUGAGGAAGAUAAAAGUGGAGUGUUAAUGUUUAUUUCCGACCAUGAAAAAGUGCCCUCUAAUUAAGAGAGGUGUCCUUCUAAGGGAGGUUAAAAAUGCAGUGAUAUACUUGGCUGGGACCAUGGCAAAGUUUCCUAUAAGAUAUCCCUAUAAAAAUAAACCUAAGGGAUGGUCCAUGUGGUAUGUAUCUAAGGAUUUGCGUUUGUUUGUAGGGAAGACAAAACUGUCUGGUUAGGUGAGAGACAGGACAGGAAAAUCGGAUUCUUUAAGAGCGAGCAUGUGAAAGAAGUGUUGGGUUAUGACAUUAUGGACGGUAAGUUGGUGAAUUCGUUUCUGAUUACCAAAUUAAUAUAUCCUGUCACGUCAGUGUAUAAAAGCUCCCUUUCAGACCAGGAUCGGUUAUAUUAAUUAAUUAAUUUAUUUAUUUAUUUCUGGGUACGUAACUACAGAAGAACAGCCAGACGGAGACAAACGCAUCAAAAGUAAGGGAAGUGCGCCAAACAGUGCAAAAGGUCUCGUGUACAGUCAAAGUCGGAUCCAUUGUGCAACAUUGGACAUCCAAUGAUCUGUUUUAUAGGCCGCUAAUCAUUAACGCCUGCCUUUUUUUACCAGAUUCAUUUGUACCACCAGAGAUUCGAGCGCGGGGUCCAGAAGCCGAACUUGCUUUCCAAAAAGCCCUGCAGAAUGGAAAGGUGAAAGUUUACCGUGGUCGCAUAAUGCUACUUGGCCAGGACAGGGCGGGCAAAACGAGUCUCAAAAAAUCUCUUUUGGGAAUGCCUUUCAACCCACAGGAAGAGAGUACAGUUGGAGUUGAAGUUGAUCCUUCAAAAUGCCAAGUGGACGUCGACAAAAUUAAAAAUUGGGAGCCCAUAAAAGAUAAGAAGCUUGAAGUAUCUGAGUUUGCUGAAGGCAUUGCAAUGCUCAUCGCGAAGGAUUUGAGUAAAGAACAAACUGACAAACAAGAUAUUUCGCAGUCCGCGGAAGUUUUAGAAGAGGUACCGUUGAUGAAACAUUGUACAUUUUUUUAGCCUUUUUUUGCUGUGGUCGAGAUGACGAUUUUGUUUCUUUAGCUUGAAACUAAUACUUUCAAUGAGAUUAUCUCUACCAACUACUUCGUCUGAUUUUGUUUUGCUGUUGUUUAAUGUUGUAUUUUUGUUGUCUGGACAGUGAAGAUGUUUUUUGCUGAUUUACUAUGUUGAAUUUAAGGUGGCUCGUCUGGAUUUUUUAGGGGGGAUACCUCCCAAGUUUGAGCAUUAACUACGUCAGCAUGAGUAAAGAUAUUGGGAAAAGGUUACCACAACUGUAUUAAAAAGAUGAAAAUUUGUUAUAAUCUGGGUUUCAUUGCAAUCGGAGUCGCCAUGGCAACGUAAUGACGCCAUUACAUUUUUUAUUUAUCUUUGUGUUUCUCUGUACCAGGAGUUUUUUUAAGAAAUCGCUGAAGGCAGUAUCUACGUGCCAUAAUUGCCUCAAUUGUGGCAAAGUUUGAACAAAUUCUAUGAGAGCGUUUUUGAAAUCUAAAGAUUGUUAUACACCUGAUUGUUUUAUAGAGUAAUGUGGACGAAUUGGACGGCAUUAGACCAAAGCAACCUGAGACAUUGUCAACCGUAGCUGAGUCGACAACGAAUGUAAAACCUGAGAGCACCUCAGAGCUGCAUGGCUCCAGGGAUGAUAAUGCAGAGGGGAAAAGUUCAAGCAGUUCAUCAGAUCAAGGUGUGCAGUUAAAUAUCGACACCACUGCUGCGUUGUCGGACGAUGUCACAGAGUUGGUCAUUCAAUACUUGGAGCGGCUCAAAUUGGAUGAUGACAUCAAAGCAAAGGAAGUCAUUUUGACGCUGUGGGAUUUUGCUGGACAGCACCUAUACUAUGCGUCACAUCCUGUCUUUCUUUCACCGCGAGCAGUGUACGUCUUGGUCUAUAAUCUUAGCAAAAGUCUAAGUGCCGAAGCUGAGCCCUGUGUCAGACAAGGUAUUCAUGAUCUUCUCUUGGACAACCCAAACAGUGAGACCAAUUUAGAUAGUUUACUGGCCUGGUUAGUUUCUGUUCAUAGCAUUCGACGUCCCACAGAGAGUAAAACUGUGCAAGGAGCAGAUCAUCAAGGCACAAACUUGCCCUAUCUUCGUCCGCCAGUCUUCAUUGUUGGUACAAAUGCUGAUCACCCUUUCGAAGACCACACGAAAAUGGAAGAGUGCAUCGAGAGGGGUAUCUCGGGCAACACUUACGAAGAGCACGUGAUCAGGCCAUUCUUUGCAGUCGAUAACACAAAGUCGCAAAGCGAUGACGGGAUCCAGAAACUACAGAAGGAAAUUAUGGAGGUAUUGAAACGAGAACCGUACAUGGGUGAAGAGGUACCAAUUAGGUACGUUUCGCAAAAUAGUAUGUUCUAUUCAAGGUAGUAAUGCGGUACCCUUUUUUGGAUUGGACUGAAAAGCACGAUUAAAGGAAAAGUCAAUAUACGACGUCUACUUCAUUUAUAUCAGGUUUCGCUAUUAGAAAAUUAGCUGUUUAUGCAUAACGGAAAAUUUUACAUAUUUUGUUGUUAAAUGAAAUAUCGUGGCAUUACAGUUGAGGGGCUUAGACCUCUCAGAACAACUUGCAGCUCUUCCAUAAGCAAGCUAGACGGAAAGUGAAAUAUUCAAUUACCCUAAUGCAAAAACCAAAUACACAAAGUCAAACCCACUUUUUUUACCUCCAAUCCUUUUUCGGUCGUCUUUGCUUGUAACGGUUUCUUCGUUGUCCCUUUAUUGUUCACAAUAGGUGGUUCAAUUUCGAAAAAGUUGUCGAGGCAUUGGUUGCGAAGAAAACUUUCCACAUGUCCCUGGACCAGCUUCUGACCGUCACGAGAAGAGUUUGCCAAAUCGAGGACGAUGCGGAGUUGACGGCCAUGUUGAAUUUCUAUCAUGAUCUUGGUGUUAUAGUCAAGCAUGGCCAUACAGUAGUGCUGCAAGCUCAGUGGCUUAUAAACCUAUUUAAACAACUGAUAACUGUCCGGCCUUUCAAAGAGGUGGUAAGUAAGUCAUUAGCGACUUUAAGAUUCGAAGACGCGGCGACGAAUACGAGUUCUAGAUUUUGCUCAAUACAAAGUAAAACGCGCGUGAACCAGUUUCCUUCUUGGGAAAACCCUGAAAGCCGUCGUCUUUUUAUUACGAGUUUUAGCGAUAAUAUCCUAGUGGCGGAAACAAGAGUUGUCAGAUGUUAGACGUUUUAUCAUUUUGCGAUCGGGAAAGGGCAUCACCUCCUUCAAUAAAGGUAAUGGUGCUAUCUUUUCUGCUAAAAAACGUCUUAAGCAUCACGGGGUGUCUAAUACACAAAUAAAUCUUUAAUUCAAUAAUAGUACUCGUAGUUAUUCUCGUCCUCGAAUCUAAAGGUCUCUAAUUGUGCGUUCAGCCCUUGCUCGCAAGUUUCUGGUGAAUGUCUCUGGAAUUAGGCAUUCAAGCACUUCGGUGUUAUCGCAAACAAAAACACAAAUCGACCAUACUAACAACAGGCCUCUGUGAGAUUUAUUCAUAUUCUGAAGAUGUUCUUGAAUUGUUCUAAAUUUUAGGAUCCUUUGUUUUCCAAAUGUUGGCGCGAGCUGGAAGAAAACGGCAUCCUUAGAAUGGCUCUUGUAGAUCACGUUUUCACGGAUUUCAUUCAGAAUGGCCUUUCGAAGCAGGACGUCCUUGAUAUGAUGGAACUGUAUGGCUUAAUUGGCAAGUUCUCCUGCUUGUCUUCGAAGGACGAUCAAGUGCAAGAAUACUUCGUUCCAGCUCAGCUCAGAUCAUCUCCAUCUGGUCUGUGCAAGAUACGUCCCUCCGAUAGUGAUCCGUGUCCACUAUAUAUCCAUUUCCCUGAUGGAUUUGUUCCACACGGGCUCUUUUCUCAGCUGCUGUCAAGGUGUAUCAGUUGGUGCUCCCACCAAGGCCUCAAGCAGCCUCCACAGCUAUUUAAUAAUGGUGCAAGGCUUUUCAUUGGAAUGCAGAGUUCUUUCGAGCUUUUCCUAAUUUGCAGAAAGAGAUUCAUCAAGAUUGUGUUGAAGAUGAGCCAGAGAUGUCGUUCCAUGACUGGGCCAUUGACAGCCGCCUCAACGAAAAUGGCCAAUGAGGUUCGGACCUUUGUUGAGGCUUCUUUAAAAGCCCUUACGUCUGAGCUGUCCUGGUUGCAGAGCCUCCAGUAUGAACUGUGUGUCGCUUGCUGUCAUUGCUUGCAAAAUGGUGACCAGUGCACUAAACAUGAAUCGACAAGUUAUUCUCAGGAUGAGUACCUGCAUCUUCUCCGAGUACAUCCCGGAGAAGAGCCAAUUUGUACAAAGAGCUACAAUGGUGAAGCGGUUAAGGUAAAUGGGUUGGAGAAAUGGUUCCAAGCUUACAAAGCUCAGGUAAUCUUGUUCUCACUGAUGCCACCUGUUUAACUGUCUAAAAUAGCAGUCUCUGCUUUAUAAUUAUAGAAGCAGGCUGAUAUUGCGCCUUCGCUAAUGCUUAUGUUACUCCUCUGUUUGAUUUAAAUUAGAAUGACGAGGAGGCCUUGGAGUGCCCGCUUGUGGGCAACGAAAUUUUAAAAGGUACUAUGUUGAUCUCCUUUUCCUUUGUCUUGAUUUCCCCUUCCUUUUUGUAUGUUUGCUUGGGACUUGUUUUGUUAUAUGCCACGCUUGUUUUAAAACUCGCGUCAAAAAAAUGCAGUUUAAAAGCUAAUGUACAUAGAAGCUGUUGCUUCCUAUAUCUGUACCGCUAAUAAUUCACUCUUUCUAAGUCUAACGGAAGUGUCUGAGUCACAGUCUUAAUUUUACCUUGACUGGUUGAACCAGGCAACGGAUCAGAAUUUAUCUUGUUUCUGUUUUCCAUUACCGUUCGUCAUUUAAUUUCUACUGAAACUAUGCUUGAAAACAGGCGGGUUUUUUCACCUUUUUCGGGUGAUUGAAGGCGAGCGCGGAGCGCCAGAGACUCCCGUUGAUAAACGGCGAAAAAAAUGCGUUAUUAGUUUCACGUCCCUCCCGUCUUGCGUGUCUGGUGCUCUACGUCCGCUUCGCGCUGGCUUUCGCUCGCCACGUUAACUGAACUUCACCCUGUUAAUCACUGUAGAGUAGUCUUUUAAGCAUUCAUUAAACGUUGCUUUUAACAGAUUUUGGAUCACUCAAGUGUGGCAAACCCUCAACUGACGACCUUCUACUUAUUUCUUAUGACCUUGGUUCCUCGUGGAAAAUGUUUGGACGGGCGCUCAACCUAGACAAGCCACAGCUAGAACAGGUUGAAGAGGAUGAGCGGAAACUGAUCGAAAAGAGCUAUGGUGUGUUAUUGAUUGUCGUUAGCAGAUAGGAUAAUUUGCAUGACUUGCCAUUGGUAUAAAGACAUACAAAGCAUCUCAGUUAAAGACACGCCUGAAAUCCUUAAAUAAACUUGCCGUUGGAGUUAUUCUUAGUUUGUUAUUGAGAGUGAAAGCUACAAUUAACUUUCCAUGUUAUGUCUUUUGGUGUGUGCUUGUUCGUGUAAGACGUUUGCAUUGUGUAAUUUCUCCUAGUUUCGUGUGUAGAAAUUAAAGUAUUAAUUACAGUAACCUAAUCCCACUUCAGGUAUGCUAAAGAAAUGGUUGGAGUCUUGUAGCGGCACUGCAACAUAUCAAUGUCUUGCGGUAGCUUUCGAACAGCUGGGACGAACAGAUCUUGCUGCAAAGUACUGUAACGUGCACAGCGAUCCCCUUAAGGGUAAGUGCUGGGGUUGAUUUAAUAAAGCUUUUACAAGUGUAAUUUGCAAGUGUAGCUAUUGUUGUCAUAUUCUAAAACAAUGGCUACACUUGUAAAUUACACUUGUAAAAGCUUUAUUGAACUGACCCCUGGACUCUUCGUUGAUAUCAAGUCCCGCUUAUUAGUCAACAGGAUCAUCGGAUGGCCAGCUCGUCACUGUCAACUUCAACAUUUUCAGAGAGCGAUAACUCAUCUUAUACAUUGUAUAGUUUUCCUUUUUUUCCUUUCACAGAAAAGAAUAGCACCUUGUCUAGUUCAUAGUCAUGUAUAGUUCACAAGUAGCACAACCCUUAAAGCUAACCUUCUCAAGACGAGAGAAAACACGCUCUUUUCUCGGCGGGUGAAACAACAGACGAAAAAGGCGUCUGUUCUCGCAGGUUAGGACGUGUCAAAAGUCAGAUAGCUGUAGGAUGGUUGUAUAACUUGCUUAUCAUACUGAAAAGUGGAAUUGUUUCCUAUUUUUCACAGAUUAUGUAGCUUUGCCUUCAUCGAUUUCAAUUAAGGCUGGCACACCAUCCGGUGAAGACCUUCUCGAUAUUGCUGGUGAAUUUUGUGCUUCUUGGAAGAUGUUCUGCCGAGCAUUACACCUCACUGAAGCCACGCUGGCACAGAUCGAGGAGAACGAGCGUGAUAUGGUCAGCAAAUGCCACGGUACAGUUGCUGAAAAUGCUUUCAUAAGCUGAAGCCUUAAUAAGCUCUAACGUCGAUGCGUUGCUUUAGUUUAGUAGAAACGAAAAGUAGGUUGCAGGCGAUUAAUAAGUUAGUCGGUUAAUUUCAACAAGACGUCCUCAAACCCAAGGGGAAAAAAUAAUGAUGAUGAUGAUUAUGUAAUAAAAAAGAAACAAUAAUCUUUAUGAUUUCUGCUAAAAACGAAGUUCAGGACCAGCUAUUUUUACGUUAACUAAGAACACGUAUUUUACCACUGCAGCUGUGUUACGAAUGUGGACAGAAAAGUGGGGAUCUGAGGCGACCUAUGAACGCUUGGCACAAGCACUCCAGCAUCCAGCUGUUAAGCACUCAAAUCUGGCUGCUAAGUAUUGUCACUUGAACAAGAGUACUUCUUAAGGUGGGAAAGGGUGUCCGAGAAGAUAUAACCGGAAGAAAAAAAAAUUAGUUGUGUGUGCAAUAUUGUAUCAACGCUUAGCGCAAGAACUGCACAUUUAGCUGUAAUGCGCUCAAACCUAGCUGCGAAGUAUUGUCACAUGAACAUCAGUACUUUUUAAGGUGGGAAGUGGUGUCCCACAAGAUAUAACUAGGACAAUGAUUUGUGUAUUCAUUUUCUGUAUCAAGGCUUGACACGGCACUGCAGCAUCCAGCUGUGGGGCACUCAAUUCUGGCUGCUAAGUAUUGUCACGUAAACAAGAGUACCUUUUAAGACUGGAAAUGGUGUCCGAGGAGAUACAACUGGAAGAGUGAUGUGCACGCAUUCUUUGUACGAAUACGACGUGCGACAUUUCGGUAACAGGUGCAGGCAGUAGUGCAUAUUGUCUUCCCCGUCGAGUGCAGAUACCCCUCUUGUAUUGACCAUUUUCCAAUUGCCCAUAAUACACUCUGUUUGCCCCCCAAAUUUUGCAUAACUUAUUGUCUUAAAAUGCUCUUGGGAAAAUGCAAUACUCCCAGGAGCAUUUAAAGACAAUGGUUUAUGCAGAAUUUGGGGGGCAAACAGAGUGUAUUAUGGGCAAUUGGAAAAUAGAGAAUAGCCUACCACGCACAGGCUCUUAGUGCUUCGUCACGGAGGAUUGCGUGACGAGCCAAUUACUUAUUUGUUAAUUUUACGGUUAUAU